CUCUAUCUUUACAAAUGGUGUAGGGUGAAAAAUCACGAUUGUUUGAUAUAUUAUACUAUUAUCGUUCCUUUUAUUCUCAUUAGUUGCCGCUAAUUUUCGCGAACAGAGCUUCUCGUGUAUUAAACAGUCAUACGUAGCAAGCAGUGCAUAACUUCCCAAUAAGCUACAAUACAAUACAAUACAAUACAAUUUCGUUAAACAUUUUGCAAUUCUUAAAACACAAAUGCAAAAAAAGUAACCAGGAAACAAUUUAUUGAAUACCGGUUCAUAAGAAGAUUCUUUCGAAGCAUAGAAUGUACAUUCUCAUCCAUCAGAGGUUCGUUAGAAUUCAACUAGAAACUCAUGGUAAAUCUUUGGUAUGCGAGAAUGAGAACGUAACAAGCAACAUUAACCAAAGGCAUUACAUAAGAUAAGGUCGUUUACAGUUGUUAUACUUACCAAGUAAACAAUACAAUUUACAGAACACAACAAUAAAAUAAUUUUGUUUCGUACAUUUAGAGAUUCAUAUCUUUCGUGAAAUAAAUUAACACUCAAGUGCAAAGUAAAUAAUAUUAUAUAACUUUCGGGUAUGAAUGCUACGCAAUCAGCAAGAAACAGGUCAACCAAUUCAAGUUCACAAAAAUGUGUUAAAAGCAUUCUAUAACCUUACAGUAGUAUGUAUUGUAACGCUUUAUGCCAGUUAAAUUUAACUUAUUCAUUUGAUAUAACUAUACUAUCAGAAAAAUAUGUCCAAUAACAUCCGAAAACCAUGAGAACGUUGCUCACAUCAGCAUGUUCACAAACUAAUAUAGUACCAGCCGAUUUUCAGAAAGAUUAUGUCCGGUCUGAUUCAACGGCUAACAGACUUAUUAAGAUUCGUUUAGGAAGUGCAAGUUAUUUGUGUGAUUUUUCAAAAGCAUUUGGCUGGUAUUGAGUUCUUAUUUACAGGCUAUUAUCAAUUGGCAAGACUGGCACAUCUCUAAAAAUUUUAUGGAAGGAAAAAAAAAUCAAAUAAAGAAUUAAACUUUUCAAUAUAAUAUAUCACAGCCUUCAAUUAAUCAUUGUCCGUCGGUUUAAGGGUAGGUCCCAUAAAUCUCUUUCAUAUUCAGCUUUUUACACAUUUUACCGUUCCUGUUUGUCAAUGAAUACAUAUAAAUGGAUUGGCCGUCGCAUCUGUAACUGUCUCCGGAUGGCUUCGGCACCAAUCCUACUUCCUGCGUUACAAUUCAGAUCUUCUUUUCAUGUAGAGUAUAUACAUGUAAUAUUGUAAAAAUCUAACUUCCGUACAUACUUGAUACCAGUAAAAAUGUAGAAAGUAAAUUUAAUUGGAUGAAUAUAAAGCGGACAUAUCCGGGAUUGCCGCUAUGAUAAUUCUACACCAAUCGACCAUAUUUCAGAUUUGCAUUGUACAUAAAUCAAAUGCCACAUAAACUUAAUACCAAUACAAAUAUAGUAUAGUGAAUGUUGAUCGAAUGACAGUCCUUGUUUAAAAAGGUGGGAAGGAUUUCUGAUGUAACCUCUUCCAAUUCUAAGUUUUUAAAGAUUCUUUAUGCGAUCAAGGUCACCUAUUCAACAUUUAUGUUUUCAAGUGUUUAUUCGAACAUACUGAGUACCAAAGUAAUUAGCAAUGUUGCAUUUCGUUAUCUCACAUGAAACAGCGGCAAAGUUUAUCGAACAUAUACUUUUCUUAUUUAAAUGUAUUACUAGAUGGAAUUAUGAAACUAAUAUAUUAAAUGAUUAACAACCAGUUCCGUCUUUAAAUCUGUAAAACGCCAUAAUCAUUUCAAACAACUUACUUCUUGAAUAUUCUCAACGUUGUUUGCUGCUCCGGAGGUUAUUGGCGCCCAAUAAUUUAUUAUUUUCAUGUUCAGUAGUAAACGAGGAAGAAACAUAAUUACUUUAAUUUAAGAUAUUAAAAUAAUAGACCUCUUUACAAGUCAGGUUUGUACUUAACGGAUUUAAACUCUAAAUUUAUAGUUCUUUUUAAGCUCAGAAGUCAGUAAGCAAUUAACUGCUAUCUUAGACAAACUUGCUUACCGAUGACAAAAUCUAGUCAUGACCCCUUACACAUAUACCAGUGACCGACAUAAUGCACUCAUUGAUCCAAAAACAUUAUCCGAAAAGAAUAAUAAUUUCUAUUUAUUAUAAGUGAACAGUAAUUGUGAAAGUAAAGCAAAUAUUUUUUUUUAUUUAUUGGACAGUAAUUAAUGUUUUCGAAACUAUAAUGUUCUUUUUUUUAUUUUAACCGAACAUUUCUUUUCAUGUUAAAAAGUUAUUUUCUAAUUUUUAGUUCACAAUAUUUUUGCAACUUAAAAAUGUCCUAUUUUGUAUUUGUGUCAAGAUGCUGCAGGGGUCAGUGCCUUAUUGUUAUGUUAAUGCCAUUUUGCAGUGCACAGCUUUCAUUUUACAAGUUUUCAAUGCACAGAAGUACCACAUUGAGUGGUACUCGUCGAUGUUUACCGCCACCAUGUCCGCAUUCAAUGUUGUCGGCCACCGAAGUCAGAAGUUGCAAGUUGGAUGGAUCUUGGUUGCUUUAGGUCAAUGUUCUCCGGUAAGUCCGAUGCGGUCCGUCCUCCUCAUUCUAUGAUCUUUUCUGCGGCAUUCUGUCCAACUUUAAUCAGGACAUCGAGGUGUUCACUGUAAUAAAGUCAUCGAUCCUCUGUGUCUUUUAUAUACGAGGUGCACGCAUUGGAGAGGUGAGUAAAGUAUACAGAAUGUCAGAUGUAAAUCAGUUAAAUAAUACAACAGCUUUUUAAAACCUCUCCGUACAAGUUAUAAAUUUUUAUGAUAACGCGCCGAAUGUUGAAACUGCAAUUUUUAGGGAGUUUUUGAAAAUUUAUCACAGAAUAGUUCAACGUCAAUAAGGUUAUAUAUAGUUAUCAAUAUCUCAUUACUUCAAAAGUUCUUUGAAGUUUCCGCGAUAUAAAACAGAUAGUACGAGCAGUACUUAAUUCAUCUAUACUGAGAUUUAAUUCCAUUCAACAUUCAAUUGUAGCACUUACUUUUACGAAAGUGAAAUAAAAAUGAAAAAGAGUUUGGAUAUAUUUUUCGUUGUUUUCAUUAUCUGUAAAAUUCUAACCACAAUUUCGUGUUCCGCUAUUGACACUGCAGUGCUAGCAAAGACUGGUGGAAAGGGCGUUUGCAAAAAUGGCUUUUGUGGAUCUCCUAGUUACUUUAAUGUAAUAAAGGCGUUGAGUGGUCUGUUCCAUACGGCGCCCGAAAUAUCCAUGCUUGACAAAGUCAACAAUGCUGCUGUGGGCAAAGAUGAACUUCAAGGUACAGACUCGCGACCUCAAAACAGAGACGACGGUGAUAUAUGUUGUGCAACGCAUAUCGAACAUGUGAACAUGACAACAAUGAAGAACAUCGAUGGUGCAAAUAUGACAAUAUUCCAUUACUGGUAUGCUCCCGAGCCUACCACCCAGUACAUACCACAUGCAUCUUGUGUAAGGACCGGAAGUUGUCCUGGUAAAUGUGAGAUUGAAUAUAAAACAUUGGUAUUGCUGGCUUAUAACGCAACCACUCCGGUGAAAUUUGACUUUUUUAGUGUUCCAGGUUAUUGUUCUUGCAAGAAUACCUGGAAUAAAUGAAGAGGACGUGCGACUUUUGAUAUGAGGUACUUACAAAUGGCGGAUCAGUAUUUGCUGUAAAGUCGGCGAUACUGACCUUGUUUGGCAGAGUAAACACUGGCGGAAAUUGAAUAUAUGUGCAAGAAAGAAGAUAAGCUGACAUUCUGCUAUGGACUAACGGUCUAUGUUUAGAGAAACUGUUUACGUAAACCUUUCUUGUAGUUCCGCAGUAGCAUUGAUAACUAGUUAUAUAUUAAAACGUUUUUUCCUUGAUAUACCAAUAAAUACUGUUUAAAGUUUGUUAGUAAUUAUCAACACAAGGAUCUAGCCCUUCCGCAAAUGACAGAAAAGACAUUCAUUAAAACGCCCACAUAGACGGCUGUUGAUAAUAUCUGUACAAUUGUUUGAUAGACAGAAUGCAGAUAUAGAUAAAAAAUAUGUCUAAUAGGAUUACCAUUAACUGUUUUGUUGAUGUAUAUUUAUGUAUUUAUUUGUUCAUAUAUUUAUUUGAAUCUAUACUGUUGUUUCCUCUAAUACAUUAUUUAGAUAUGUG